AUGAUUUGGCAAAUAGUUUCUCAGCUCCUUCUCUUCAUCAUUAUUGGUCAUACAGUAAUUGAUGCUAGAGCAAUUCAAGAGGAUACUGUUGGUCAAAUAGUCGACGGUAUCACCAAUGAGAACGAAGAAAUGUUUGCCACUGUCCUCAACUAUCGACAUCGUUUCGAACAUUCCAAUAAUAUCAAGGCACUUCGAUGGAUGUUCCAACAACAUAUCAACGCAGAGGAAGUAUAUUGUGAAAUAUGCCACAUUCUUCUACCUAUACUUCGAAUACUCAUCGACGUCAAUCAAACGGAGCGCAUCGAAAAUGUGACUCUAGAAAUUUGCAACGAAUUCGGUUUGGUUCUCGAUGUUUGUAGUGGCGCUGUGUACGAAUAUAAAGAUGCCGUUCUCCAAGUCAUAUACCUGACGCAUUUCAGUAAUAAGGCACUAUGUUCACUUGCUUUCAACUGUGAUAGACAGACUGAUUAUCCUGCCUUGAAUUGGACUGUUGCAAUUCCUGACAAAAAGCCAGCUCCACAACCGCCAAAACCUCCUUCGCCUGACUCUCCAAAACUGAAGGUACUCCAAUUGGCCGAUAUUCACGUGGAUUUUGAGUACAAGCCAGGAUCUGAAGCAGAUUGUCUCGAGCCAUUGUGCUGUCGAAAGGGUCCACCUCUUCCUGGCCAUCCGGGUGCUGGUUUCUGGGGGACCAGUCUUCAUUGUGACCUACCAUAUUGGACGGCUCAAGCCAUACUUGAGUAUGCCUCCAAAACGGAAGAGAUUGAUUUCAUCUAUUACACUGGUGAUACACCACCUCACAAUGUGUGGAAUCAGUCUCGUGCUGAUCAACUCUAUUCGAUAACUACAAUCAAUAAUUUGUUGGCUACAACAUUUCCAAAGAAAAUGCUGUAUUCGGCCGUCGGUAACCAUGAAGCAGCUCCAUGCAAUCUCUUUCCGACACCGAUUAUUAAAUCAGACAAUAUUUCAUGGCUAUAUCAAGCAUUAGCUGAUAGUUGGAUAAAUACACUUGGUCUACCUAAUGAUACGCGUGAAAGUAUUCUUCGUGGUGGAUUCUAUACAACACUUGUACGUCCAGGUCUACGAUUGAUUUCUCUCAAUACGAACUAUUACGCAUCGGACAAUUAUUGGUUAUAUGCCAAUUCGACUGAUCCACUCAAUCAACUUGAAUGGCUCAUACAAUGGUUACAAUAUGCUGAAGACAAUGGAGAAAAAGUUCAUAUUAUUGCUCAUCAUCCACCACGUACGUGUUUUGCAGCAUUCGGCUGGAAUUUUAAUAGAAUCGUCAAUCGAUUCGAAAAUACGAUCUCCGGUCAAUUUUAUGGUCACACACAUAGAGAUGAAUUCAACAUGUUCUACGAUGAAAAUGAUCCACAACGACCCGUUUCAAUGGCUUACAUAGCACCGUCGUUGACAACCGAAUCAUUCUUGAAUCCGGGCUAUCGUAUUUAUACAAUGGAUGGUGACUAUCCGUCGAGCUCAUAUUGGGUGCUCGAUCAUCGUACAGUCAUUAUGAAUUUAACUGCAACGAAUCUCUACAACAGAACGAUUUUGCAAGAUGAAUAUAAUGUUCGAGAUGCCUAUCAAUUAGAGAACUUGUUUCCUGUCGAUUGGGACAACUUCAUUAAAAGACUAGAAUCUGAUAUUGACGGACCACUGAUGAGCACAGUAUACACAUACUAUACGAAAUCGCACACAGAUGGCUCCCAAUGUAAUCAUGCAUGUCGACGAGCAUUGAUUUGUGAUUUUAAGACGGCUCGUGACGAUGAUCCACAUGUAUGCGAUUCAGUUCCUCCAUUUGCAUAA